UCGCAUUUCUAUAUCUCCCUCCUUGUUCUGUGGUUUUGGCGCAGAAUUUGGGACUUGUAUUUUUAUAUGUGGUGAAUAAAUUAGCAGUAGCGGUCCCAGGAAGCGACAAGGUAUCAGCAUUCUCGUUACAAGGUACACAUCCUCCGUGCCGUCAUCACCAGCGUAAAAAGUGAGUUAGUACAAUAGAAAUGGAAAAUGGAUGAUCCUGGUGCAUCAAAAUUAAGAAAAAGACAUGCAUUAUUGAAUGCAUCGCCACCUGAACCUAUUGGCAAGAAAACAAAAACACGUGCAGAAGACGACUGUGUGAUAUGUAAGCAAUCAACUACAUCUAAAAGAAAUCCACUACAGAAUCCAAAUCAGGACACCUGGAACAAAAUUGCAGAAAAAGCACUAGAAUGGAAGGAUUUAGGGACGAGCUUUGAUGAUAUUCACGAAAAGAUACAGGUAAAUGCUUUGCCUAGGAAAAUUCAUAAAGUCUGCAGGCUUGAAGUCGUUGGUCAUAAGCUAUUACGAGCACAGGAUACAUAUUAUAGAAAAUCUAUGCCUGAAGAAAAUGUGGGAGAAGCUGCUGGUACCUCUGCAGAACACACAAAAGAACAACGCAUACGAAGCAGCCGCAUUGUUUCUAAAUCUGUUUGUGUUUUCUGUACAGAAACCUUGGAGGGAAAAACUGUUAGAAACAAUGUUGGUGGAAGAACACCAGUGAAGGUUCACAGACUGGAAACACAAGAUGCUUGGAAAACUUUCUCCAAAGCAGUCGAGUACGUUGAUGAUAAACAAACUAAGGAUAGACUGCAGGCUAUAAUUACUUUCUGUGACAAUGAAGGAGGGAUACGGAAAGCAGCUGCGUUGGAUAUUAAAUAUCACAAAGACUGUUGGAAGACAUACUGCAGACCAGUGUACCACCAGAAUGCGAGCGGCAUAAAAAAGGAACAUAAGCAACAGCGAUUAAAAUGGUUGGAAGAAAAACAAACUGAAGCAUUUAAUAGCCUGUGUGAAUAUAUUGUUGAGUACUUGGACAUCCGCAAAGAGGUUUAUACUCUGAGAGACUUAUUGUCAGAAUAUGAGCAAAUUCAGAGAGACAUGAUGAUCAGAAAUGAAGAAAUCAGAAACACAUGUGACGACAAAUACGCCCUACGUUCCCUUCGCCAAAAACUGGAAACACGUUUUGGAAACAAUAUUGGAUUUCAGCCGAGAUACCGGCGAAACGAAUCUUCAAUAGUGUUUUUUACUAAGCAUGGUGGGGCAUAUGUGGAAAGUGCUUUGAAUAGUUGGGGCAUGAACACUUCAAAUUUGAUACAGAACGUUGCUAAAAUUCUACAUGGUAAACAUAGAAAAGUGCCUGGAAUACCAUGGCCAUGCCAGGUUGAAGAACUCAAGAAUGAUAAUACCCCUAAUGACAUCCAUAACUUAAUAGCCUUGCUUGCUGACCCUUAUGCUAAAUUGGAAGAAGACCGUGCAGUUGUUGAAGAACGUUUGCAGUCAGCUGUUCGUUUCCUAUCUGAAGGUGUAAUGCAUUUAAUUACAAGAAAACGCCAACCACUGCAAGUAAGUUUAUCAAUAUCUGUACACAACUUGACGGGCAGCAAGGAGCUUAUCAAUGUUCUCAAAAAAUUGAGAAUUGGCAUUUCAUAUGAUGAUGUACUCGACGAGUUGUCAGCAUUAGCAUUACAGCAACACAACAACGGAGAACUUAAUAAUACUGGUUCAGAUAUCCUAAUAUGUCCACAACAAAUAGCAUCAGGUCAGCCGGGAACAGUAGUGAUGGAUAAUGAUGAUUUUAAAGAAGACGGACUUACCGGUUCUGAGACUAGUCAUUACACGAAUGUCAUAAUGGCACAAUCAAAAUCUUUUCGUUGUGAUGCACAGACGAAUAGCACAACAUUAAUUAUACCAACGCCUGAAGCCAGAAGAGCUCUAGUUUGCCCUGUUGUUACCAAAAACUUGCAAAAUGAUGGCAUACAUAGCGACCCACAACCACAUCAAUUGAAACCUGCUGAAAACACUGUAACAGUUCACAGACUGGUAGCUCACUCACUUCACCGUGUGAUUCAAAAAGAAGGAACUGUGCCUUCAUAUACUGGUUACCAUUGUCACCUUUCAAGUGAUACGGACAAGUGGGAAACAUAUAAUGUCAAAUCUUAUUCACAACCACCAGGUAAGGAAGUUGUCAAAGAUGUGUUGAAUUGGUGCCAACGAGUUGCCAAACACAAAAAAAUGCCUCUUAUUCAACUUGUUGGUGACCAAGCAAUAUAUAAAUAUAUUGAAGAAUGCCUAUGCGAGGAUGAGGAUAGGUGGUCUCUCGUAAAGGGUGUGUUAGGUGGAUUUCACACAGAAUUGUCAUACCUUAAUGCUGUAGGAAAAAGAUAUUCUGGAAGUGGUAUCGAAGAAUUAGCUGUUGCUGCAGGUGUUGUAGCUGUAGGAAGUUUAAGUCAAGCAUUAUCUGGGAAACAUUACAACAGGGCAAUGCGUCUGCACAAAUUGAUAGCAGAAGCUUUAAUACAUAUGCUUACACAAAGUUACAUUGAAAAUCACCCAGAUAUACUUGAAGGCUUAGAACAGGUGGUGGAUAUUUCAACAGAAAAAGAAUUUGAUGAAUUUGUUGCAUCACACUCAUUUAAUGAAUUCGUGCAAUUGAUGUUCCAAAAUAUCUUUGACAGUAACUCAGAUAUGGCAAAAUUUUGGCUAUCUUAUAUUAUUGAUGUGGAAGUCUUGUUUCAGCACUACCACUGUCUACGGAGUGGAGUAAAUUUUGAUGAAUACUUAAACAGUUGUCGUAGAAUGCUUCCUCUACUAGCAUCAUAUGGAAACAUAAAUUACCUUCGCUUCCUCUCUCUCUAUUAUUGGCGAAUGUCCAACUUGACAGAUAAUGAGAAGAAACAUAUGGCUUCAAUAUACUCAUUUUCAUUGACUGGCAAGAGUUACAGCAAAUUGCCUCCUGACCAGGUCAUUGAAAUGACUAUGAACAAACAAUCCAAGAACCGUAGAAGUGGUGGCUGGGUGGGAUUUUCCAAGAAUCUAUCCAUGAUUGCUAUUAACAUUUUAAGCAGGCCUGCUGUGUUGUACUUGAGAGAGCAAUUGCAAGAAGCCAUAGAUAUGAAGAAGCCUAUUUACAGCCACCCAGAAUUGGGUCCAUCGAGGAUGAAGAAAGACUUUCGAGUGAUUCACGAAGUGAAACUUGCUCUAGAGGAAUGGGAUGCGAACCCAUGGGACCUAAGUCGGCCAACUCUACGCUCACUUUGCACUGGACAGCCAGCACCAGAACAUGUAGUGAAAAGUUUGGACACAGCUCAUGAUGAGGGAAAUGCCAUGGCAGAAGCAAUAUUGAACAGACUUUCUUCAGAAACUACAUCACUCCACAACCCGAUUACAAAGAGGAAAAGCCAAACGUUUGCGACGAAGACUGCCUCCACUGCAAAGAGCAGGCAAACACUGAGGACAUUGGUAGAUCAUGCUGCAACAAAGCAAGUUGUCGAUAUGUUAACAAGUGGAGAAACUGCGACCAUGACACUACUGGAUAUCAUGCAGUAUAGAAUAACAACUGUGUGUUUAUCAUUGUUUACAGCUGAUGGUAUGUUCCAUAAACCAGUUAAGUCAAAAUUCAUGACAUUACUAGAUCUGCACCCUGUGAUGGCACCACCGCUUUACCAUGCUAUCGUAGAUCUCGGAAUGGCCUGGAACAAGAUACCAGCUUGCAAGACUUGGAGUCUUUAUGCCUACAACCUCUACAACUUCAUACUAAGUCGCCAUCCUGAAGCAGUAGCUUUUCACAUAGUCAAUGAUAUUUACAACGAAGAAACAUUGAUUGACAGUACUAAAUAUCAUGAGCAAAAACGUCGUAUGAUAUCGUAUGGGUUCGUGCCGAACAUUUACCCCAUUGCUGACAAGCAAAUGCCUACAGGAAGUGCAUGGCGUUCAUUUCUCUCAAAGCCUGCAAAUAAACUAAGACUUCAACACUUCCUUCUCAAUGAAUGGCAAUCCUAUAAGCACAAUACUAACUGGUAUUACACGAAAGAUCUUCUCUGCUAUGAUCUCAUAUCCAACGAAUGUGAUCCCCGAUUCGAAGCACCACUGCCAUGUGAAGCAGAUAUCAGGGCGUUCUUCCAAGCAGCACAAUUAGAUGAUCCUCAUCCAAUUGUACUUGAUUUCGAAGACACAGAUGUAUGGGUUAUUGCUUCAUACAUCAGUCAUAUAACCGAGCAGGAUAUGUACAUGUAUAAAAGGAAAUCGGGAAGUUCUGCAGAAUUCUACAUCUGUCGCUCAUUGUUCUCUAAAAAAGACAAAGCAUGUGCUGCUCUUGGUCUCUACACAUUUACAGGUUGUGACACGGUAGAAGGUUUCUUUGGCUGUGGCAAAGUGACAGCAAUUAAACACAUUCUCCAAUCAAAUAAUCUGACAUACCUACAGACAGUACUACAACUAGGAGUCAGCAAAGAACUAUCCCAUGAAAUGUUCAUUCAACUGGAGUUGUUAACGAUUAGGAUUAUCUACAAUGACUCUGUGAGUCAACGAUUGUGUGAAGCACGAGAAAGAAAAUGGAGGCAGUUACGACAUUAUGAUUCUGCCAGGUUGCCUCCAGACGAGGACUCAUUUAGACAACACUGUCUCCGAAGUCAUUUGCAAGCUUAUGAAUACAAGAAUGCGAGACUUCUAAAGCAGUUGCCCCCUACUAACUUCGGGUGGGAAAGGCACAAAGAUGGAUUGCGACCUGUCACACACACCAUACCCGCACUUCCAUUUGGAACCCAAUUGCCUCAAUCCAAUGAAACCCUUUCAGAGGAGUGUGACAAUGAAUUAGAAGAUGAAAAGGAGCAAGUCAGUGGAAUUCUUUAUGACUCAUCAUUGGAAACCAGCGAUACAGAUGAAGAGUAUAGUGAUUCAGUGGAAGAUCAGUGAGAUGAUUUUCAUAUACAGUGAACAUUAACUAUGUGUGAUGUUACAUUCAAGACAUUUCCAUAUGUAAAAAAAAAGUCCUGUUUAAAAAUGCACAGGCUGUGGUGUAUAAACCUGAAAAAUCAUAAAGCAUACACUAGCUUCUGUUUUUCAAAAUGGCGGCCAAAUUCCAACAUUACCAAGGUGACUCCCAUGCUAAAUUUAAUUCUCUAAAUGUUAAUAAUGAAAUUCAAUCUAAAUAUUAAGGUCCUGUUUAAAAAUGCACAGGCUGUGGUGUAUAAACCUGAAAAAUCAUAUUGCAUACACUAGUUUCUGUUUUUCAAAAUGGCGGCCAAAUGCCAAAAUUACAAAGGUGACUCCCAUGCUAAAUUUCAUUCUUUCAAUGUUAAUAAUGAAAUUCAAACUAAAUAUAAAAAUCCUGUUUAAAAAUGCACAGGCUGUGGUGUAUAAACCUGAAAAAUCAUAUAGCAUACACUAGUUUCUGUUUUUCAAAAUGGCAGCCAAAUGCCAAAAUUACAAAGGUGACUCCCAUGCUAAAUUUCAUCCUUGGCAUUCCAAAAAUGAUUUCCAAUCAUAAAAAAAAGGUCCCCUAUAAAAACGCACGAACCUUUGUAUAUCGACCGGACUAUAUAUACAUCUACAAGACAUUGUUGUAAAUGAUCAAAAUGUUAGUGUUUCUACUAUAGGUCAGAAUCUCCACGAUACAUGGAUGAAAAGAGCCAAGAUUCCAUGUAUUAGAAACUUUGGGAGACUGGAUCUUUUUAUCACCUUCACCAAAAUUGAGUUAUUUUCACAUUAAAAAUCACAAGAUAGACAUGUUUUGAUUUCAAGAGUUUUCCAUUUAAAACUUCAAAAAAUAAUAGACCAUUUAACAAAAAAAAUAUAUUUUUGGACCAAUUAAGGCCUUUGAUUAUAGCGUUGAAUGGCAGAAAAGGUGUUUACCGCAUUCUCACAUAGAAAACUUAAUAUAUGCAAAUAAAAUGAUAAAGUUCAUUAAGUUCUCAUCAAAAGUCCUGGGGUGCACAUACACAAUAGACAAUGUUAGAAUCCAGUUAAACUUAACUCAGAUUUACUUCUUAUUACACUAGCCAGUGAAAAGAUAAAGCAGUUUUUUUUUGACGUGACGUCUAAUAAAUCGAUGAACGCCGGCUGCACGCACGAAAAAGUGUCCCACUACGGAUGUAUCCUGUUUGCUCAUUGUACGCAUGCGUGGCAUCUCUCUUCAUUCUCAUUGUACGCAUGCGUGGCAUCUCUCUUCCACUCGAUUGGAACAACCAUCGAUUUGACUUUUCAAUCAUAUUUUCGUCGUUUGAAUUAUUAAUAUUAUGUAAUUUAACGAUCGUCCACCGAUUUUCAGCACUAUCGGUAAGGUUAUUUAAAAGUAAUGUUGAAAAUUCAAAUACGUUUUGAACCAACAAUGGUGUUUUACAGUUACACAUAAUAAUUCAAAUUACACCCAGGAUCUUUUGCACAAUGUUUAAAAAAAUAUUGUAACACAUUAUAAAUAAGUUUGGUAUAUUUGGGAUGCGUAUUUGUUAUAAAAUCGUGUUAAUAUUAUUCCCCUACCAUGAACAAAAUUUUUAUAAACAUAUAUAUAACAUCUGAAACUAAAAUUUAUUCAGUAUGGCCUCGUGGGCGUGUGGUUAGCGUACUUAACUCUAGAACUAAAGGUUGUGGAUUCGAAACCCAGCUGUUGCAAAAUAUCUUUUUGUACUUGUAAAAAUAAAUACGGCGCACGCAACAUUUCAAAAGUAAUAAAUAUAUUUGAAUUAAUGAAUGCAAAUAAAAGUAAAUUUAUUAAUUCGAUUGCACAUUUCAUUUCACUCCUUUGUAUCCAUAAAAAAAGUGAUAAUUCAAUAAAAAUGAUUCAAUUGUAUUCAUAAAGUAUGAAGAGGUAGAUUUUAUCAUGCAAAAGAUAGAAAAAUUAAAAAAAAAAUGUUC